GCGCACGGGCCGCUCCGUCAGAGCCGCGCUGGCGCCGCGCAGGGCGGUAUGCAGCGGGACGUGGGCAGCCUGCCGCUGAGCCCCGCGCUGCGCGCCCGCCUGCUGGCCGCCGGCUUCCAAACAGCGCAGGAGCUGCUGGAGACCGGCCCCUGCGGGCUGAGCAAAGAGAUUGGGAUCUCCAGAGAAGAGGCACUGGAAGCAUUACAGGUUGUCAGGCAGGAAUGUGCUGGUGAUGCAGCAAAGACGGCCGGCGGGUCAGGCAGCACCAGGAAGUGCACAGCUCUGGAACUUCUGGAAGAAGAGCAAACGCAGGGCUUCAUCAUCACCUUUUGUUCAGCACUGGACAACAUUCUGGGAGGUGGCGUGCAGCUGACAAAGAUUACUGAGAUCUGUGGAGCACCUGGUGUUGGGAAAACACAGCUAUGUAUGCAGUUGGCAGUGGACGUCCAGAUCCCGGAAUGCUUUGGGGGUGUAGCUGGGGAAGCAGUGUUCAUUGAUACUGAAGGCAGUUUUAUGGUAGACAGAGCAGCGGAUAUUGCAACUGCCUGUGUGCGGCAUUGCCAGCUUAUUGCUGAAGCUCAUCAAGAAGAAGAUCACCUACAAGCUUUGGAGACUUUUUCUCUUGAAAGUAUCCUUUCUCACAUAUAUUACUUCCGUUGCCGUGACUACAUAGAGCUUCUAGCACAGGUCUAUCUCCUCCCAGACUUUCUUUCAGAACACUCAAAGGUCCGACUGGUGGUAAUUGAUGGAAUUGCAUUUCCCUUUCGCCAUGACUUUGAGGACCUCUCGCUUCGAACACGGCUUUUGAAUGGUCUGGCACAGCAGCUGAUCAUCAUAGCAAAUGAUCAUAAAUCAGCGGUUGUUCUGACAAACCAAAUGACAACAAGGUUUGGACAAAACCAGUCCAUGUUGGUACCUGCAUUAGGAGAAAGCUGGGGACAUGCUGCUACCGUGCGUUUAAUCUUUCACUGGGACAACACUCAGAGGUUGGCAACAUUGUACAAAUCACCGAGUCAGAAGGAGUCAACCAUACCAUAUAACAUUACACUCUGUCCUACUGGUGACCCUAUGACCAGGCCAUAUAUACAGACGUAUAUAUUUUUUUCUUCUGUUGUUGCUGUAUGAUGAGAUUCCAGCUGGAGUCCUUAUUCAGCCCUAGGUAAAUCCUGUGAUAGUUUUCCUUUGUUGAGUGCUUAGAUACAUAUCGAGAAUAUAUAUUGUUUAAGCACUCAGCUCUUGUGUCUUCAGAUGACAGAGACAUAGGUACAUGCCAUAACUAUUUGCUCUGUGUCCUCAUGGAAACACGUUGCCAUAGCAUUUCCUGCAGAUUUUAAUGCUGCCCUGAAAUGAGGUCCUCAAGCUAUUGAGCAGAAAUCAAGGGUUUUUUUCCACUUCUAAAUGCACCCACUAUUUUUACUUAUUUAUAUAUCAGUUCUCUAAAGACUGGACAGGAAAAUGGGACCACGUCCCAAGGUUGUUUAGAUCAUGUGAUGCAGCUGUGCAGCCCUCUCUGUGCAGCUGCCAAACAGAUGGAUUCUCUUAGUUUAAUUGCCAUUUCAGCUUUAUACAUAUUAUAAAACAGCUAUGCUGUCUUCAUCCAUGUGAAGGUACACGAUCUUGAAGUACAGUUGAGAGUGUAUCCUAAUCAAAGAUUAGUUACAACUUCAGAUUAUCCUUGUGUUUUUUCCUUUAAUCCUGUUGAGCUGCUUCAGCAGAUAUUUCUGUGAGUAAAAAAUGUCUUAUUCCUGUUGCUGUCAUGAAAGGCGGGUCUGAUAAUAAUUGUUUGCUGUUACCAUUUCUCAUUCUCAUCUCAGUAGUUAAACUAGAAGAUGUAAAUAUGUGUUCAGUGUUUCCAAGUAUGAUGCAGGACAUCUGUGUAUAAUCAGCAGACAAUUAAAAAAAAUCAUCCAAGAUGCUUAGGCUUAUAACUGCUGUUAAAUUCAAUGCAAAUCAGAUAGUUUGGUACUUCUGACAACUGGUUGAUCGGUGCUUGUACACUAAGGGAGAAAUAUGGGACUGAGUGCCUGAAGCUCCAGUUCUUUUCCAGCUGUUUCUUUUUCAGCACAUUGGUAGGUCGGCCACCAGUCUGUGAAAGCGUGGAAGCUAUGGAACACCUAUCAAAUGAAAUAAUAAUUCUUUCACAGGCUGAUGAGGAUUCAUUCUUAAGUGCAGAGUAUAGAAAUGUAAAUUGAUUUAAGCACAUGGGAGUAAAUGGCUCGUCUGAUUCAUCUAAAUUUCCCAGGUAAUAUGACCUGAUUAUUUGAUCAUAAAAAAUAGGGAUCCAGAACUUGUAUUCUGAGUAAGAAUUGUUCAUAUUUCCCUGAAUUUUCAAGGGUCUGUCAGACUAACAAUGAGAAUGUCUUUAAAGUAAUAAAGACAUCAGUUUUGAUGCAGUCUGUAGGUGCCAGGAAACACUGAAGAACAACCCAAGAUGGGUACAGCUGUGAUCGGAGCUAUGCAGUUCCAAGUGAGCCUUUUUCAGCCUUAGUUCAGUUAGCCAUGUUUUCUCCAUAUAAAACAUGUAGGUAUAUUUGCAUAUACCUCCAAAAUUCUUGUUUUCUUUCUCACUGGAGAGAGGCUGUAUACAUGCCUUUAACUAAAUGCAAAACGUCCACGCUAAGCAGCCUGCUUCAUCAUGUUCUGGCCUUUAUAGCCACUGGAAUGCUUUUACUGAGAGUCUAGCAUGCUAGAUUAAGUGGAUUCUUGGCUUUGAUCCACCUUUGUGCCUAAGGGAAAUAGCAGAGAUUAGAUGCAAGCAGCAGUGAAACACUAAACUUGAAGAUUCCCCAUUAUGCUAUUUAGAAUAACACUUGAGUUGCUUAAAAUAGCAGAGGGACCGCACAAGUUCUGCCCUUGUGGCACCUCUUGCUGUUUGUUCCUUUCAAAACAUAGCAGGCUACGUGAGGUGAGGCAUUUAGAAAUAGAAAUACAGAGAUGAGACACAAGCAAAACAUUUUGAUUGGUUUUAUCUUGGAUUCAUCUUGGUGCAGGACAUAGUGGCAUUUUGAAAAAGUCACACAUCUGCUAGUAAUUCUCCCUGAUUUUUCACACUGCUCUAAGCUGAAGUGUCGGCCUUCCCGAGGUGUGCUCAUCCCCGCGUUGUCUCAACCUGAGCACUUCGGAUCCUCAGAACAAUUUCUUUUUCUGAUUAACGCUUUUUCCUCUCUUAAGUCUGCAAUACAGUGAGUCCUUCACUGAGCUGUCAGCAAUGCUCCCUACACAGCAUUUGGAGAUAAGGCAGUAGAAGGCUUCACAUAACAUCUCAAUGUUAUGUAAUAACUGUUGACAUUUAACUAUAUGUUUUUUCAGACCUUCCAUCUUUUAAAAUCUUUUAAGAUCAUCAAACUGCGAGGUAAUGUAACAGAAAAUACCACUGGUACUAAGCAAAAUAGAUCAUCUUAAGCUUUCUACUAUGUAGCAGCAUCUAGUUUUCAAUUCUACAUUUAGGUUUUGGCAGUUAAAGGUACUCAGCCCAUUGUGUCCCAUAAAUCACUAUGCUGGGACUGUCUCUGCUGACUGCAAAGGCCAGUUCGGGUAUCCACUCCUCUUACAGUGUCUCCUCAAUGUUUUCAGUUCAUUAAAUAGAUGCAUGAAACAGAAAGAGGUCUUAGAAGAUUUUCAGCGUUGUUUCUGAAAAUGGCUGAGGCAAUUAAUCCAGUGGUCAUCUCCUUGCUUCUGCAGGAGUUUGGCUUGAAUGUGGGCUGAAGGAUUUGGCUUUUAAUUUAUUUAAAUAGGCAGCAUAAGUUAAUUUGCAGAGAAGCAUUGCUACGUAGUCGUGGGGGUUAUUAGAGUAAAACGCAAAUGGUAUGCUCAUUGGUGAAAGCAAGCAGAGACAAUAACUAGUGGCCACGUGUGUUAAAAACCUUUCGGUUCUGAGCUUAACCUCAUCUAGAAGCAUUCUGCGUCCACUCAUCUAAAAUAAAUGAUAGCAUCAUGCCUCAUUCUUAUCUUCUGGGAACUAGUGUUACUCAUGCUCUAUAUCUAUAGAAGUAAUGUCACAUGAUUUUACUUAUAUAUUACAGCCUCAGGGCUUCCGAGAUGUGCAGCCUCCACCUGUCACCCAAAAUGCAGAAGGUACUGAAAUGAACCCUCGCAAACGGCCACGGAGAGAAGAGGAAAAGUAAUAGCGAUUCAAAAGAACUGUUAGAAAAAGUUGUGCUGCAUGGGAACAACCACGUAGAGAACAUGCAGCCAGAGGCAGCCUGAGAGGCUCUUUAAAUUUCCAUUCUGGACUUUAUUUUAUUGCUAAAACUGUAAUAUGAUUUUUUUUUUUUUUGUGGCAGAAAAAUUAUCUGUGUAUGGCAUAAUUUUACUUUUAUAAUAAAAUCUAUUUUAUAUAA